ACCACCCUCAACCCAAAGCGCUGGAUCGGUGAACUCACAAAUGCCGAUCGUCGAGCUAUAAAUUCCUGCCCGCCACUUUGCCUGUUCACCACUCCUCUCAUCGAUCGUCUCGCCCGCCACCUCAGAAAAGCAUAUACAUCAUGGCGCUUACUGGCUCUCUCAUCGUCCUUCUUGGUGCCACAUUGACGCUGCUCUACUUCCUCGGCGCAGUUGCAGAGGCGGGCGAGGUGGGUGUGAGCUACGGGACGAACGGGGACAACCUGAUGGACCCAUCGGCGGUGGUGGAUCUGCUGAAGAAGAACGGCAUCACGAUGGUGAGGGUGUACGACACCGACUCGAAAGUGCUGACCGCGCUGAAGAACACCGGCAUCAAGACGGUUGUCGGGAUACGCAACGACAUGGAGCUGGCGGCCGCCGCCGGUGACCCGAGCUGGGCCGUCCAGUGGGCCAAGAACAACGUGCUGCCGUACUACCCGGCCACGGACAUCCGCGGCGUCACCGUAGGGAACGAGGUGUUCAAGCAGGUAAGCCAGCUGAACCUGCAGCUGGUCCCGGCCAUGAAGAACGUGCAGGCGGCGCUGGUGAGCCUAGGCCUUGCCGACGCCAUUAAGGUCACCACGCCGGUCGCCUUCGACGCUCUCAAGACGUCCUUCCCGCCGUCCCAGGGCGAGUUCAAAGACGACAUCGCCCAGCCGGUGAUGAGCCCCAUGCUCGAUUUCCUGGAACAGACGGGCUCCUACCUCAUGGUGAACAUCUACCCGUACUACACGUACACGUCUCAGCCAGGCACGAUCGACCUCAACUACGCCACGUUCCGGCCCAACGACGGCGUGGUCGACCCGGUGACCGGCCUCAGGUACUCCAGCCUCUUUGACGCCCAGCUCGACGCCGUGUACUCUGCGAUCGACAAUGUGCAGCAGCAGGUGGCCUCUUCCAACGGUGCCGUGGGGACGAUGCUCAGGGGCCGGCGUCGCCACGUGCCCGUGGUGACCGGGGAAUCCGGGUGGUGCUCCUACUGCCCGCAGAGCGUGGGGGCAUCCAUGGAAAACGCUCAGGCGUUCAAUAAUAACCUCGCCAAGCGCGCGCACUUCGGCAGCGCCAGCAGCAGCAGCUCGCUCGCCGUCGUCAGCGACGGCACCCCGGCCCGCCCCGACGCCGACAUCUCCGUGUACAUCUUCGCGCUCUUCAACGAGAAUCAGAAGCCCGCUGACGAGCAGAACUUCGGCCUGUUUUACCCAAGCGGGAAGCCGGUGUACCAGGUCGACUUUAGCGGCGGCGGCGGCGGAGGAGGAACGGCGAGCUGGUGCGUGGCGAGGAGGGAUGUCAGCGACGCGCGGCUGCAGGCGGCGCUGGACUACGCGUGCAACAACGGGGCGGACUGCAGCGCCAUCCAGCCCGGGAAAGUGUGCUACGAGCCCAACACCAAGCUGGCGCACGCGUCCUACGCCUUCAACGACUACUACCAGAGCAAGGGCCGGGCCAGCGGGACUUGUGACUUCUCCGGGGCUGCUUCCAUCGUCUACCAGCAACCAGGCAUCUGCGACCCGAAGGCGGCGAGCUGGUGCGUGGCGAACGCGGCGGUCGGGGACGCGCGGCUGCAGGCGGCGCUGGACUACGCCUGCGGCAAAGGCCGUGCCGACUGCAGCGCCAUCCAGCCAGGCGGGCGGUGCUUCAGUCCUGACACCAAGGUCGCGCACGCGUCCUACGCAUUCAAUGACUACUACCAGCGCAACGGCCGGUCGUCCAAGUCCUGCGACUUCAGCGGCGCUGGCUCCGUCGUUUACCAGCAGCCAAAGAUAGGUAACUGCGUGCUCCCAUCAACGGGCUGAAUGAAGAAACGCUAGAGAGCUAAGAUCGAAGGCUACGCGCGCUACCAGCCCAUUGGUAUAUAUGGGAUUCAGGAAUAAAGCCGUGUAAUCUUUUAUUUCGCAAGAGAAAAAUAUGUGAUCAUAUCUGAAGAUAAAUAUGCCCUUUGAAUAAACCUCCACUUUUCAAUCAGUGGAUUUUUAAA